AUGGGGCCCGACACACUGCGCGGGCAGCCCCUUCCGCCAUCGCACGAACCCAACCAGCAAGACGAUCCAUGGAGCAGCCCAGAGCAGCCCAAACUGUCCGACAGCGACGCCUCGCUGAGCUCCGACGAGAAUGGCUCUGUCCGUCCGCGCACCGUGCCGGACGCAGAGGCUGAUCGCGCCGACGAUGUGAUCGGGAUCAGCAUUGGCCGCGCCCAGAAUCGCAUGAAGGCGCGUCAGACGCCGGCAGAAGAAAAAAGUCGCGCCAUUGAGAGCUCUGGCGGGUAUUUCGACGCGAUUCCGGACCCCGAGCCUCGUGAUGGAGAAGAAGAAGAAGGAGGAGGAGGAGGAGGAGGAAUGACUUUGCAAUAUCGUUCGCAGUUGACGGAGGAGCCGGAACAGCUUCUCGGCGACUUAUCGGGCCCUACAACCCCAACACUAGCAACCCUAGCAACACUAGCAGCAGCAGCACAGGUGGAUGGAAAUAGGAAAGCUGAGAAAUCGGUCCCAAAGAGCACCAAGCGGUACUCCCUUGGAUUGUUGAAGUCAAGUCUGUCAGGACGGAGGCGUGCUAUGUCCGGGGAUUCGAAUUAUAGCUUGAAAUUCAAGAAGCUCCUCCCGGACUUUAACCUGAGUCCGAAUCGGCAGCAUCACUCGCCAACCAAGGCUGAUUCACCUGCCAUGAUGCGGUCCAGGUCUGCGAGUACUCCACAGGGGGCCGCAGGGCCGGACAUAGAAUCCGCCGCCAUUGCUGGUUCGAAUUCAAGCAGCACGAGCCAUUUAAACGACGAUGGUCUUGCAGCACUAGGCGCCAUCCAGAGCUCGAGAUCGCAUUCGUAUCAUCGAUAUCCGGCCACAAAGAAGCGACCACCGUUGACUGUGCGACACUCGGUGUCGGACGAAAGCUUAUAUCUAAGGAGUCUCUCAAGAGUCUCAACGCUGGACCAUCGUCCGCAUUACGAGAAUGUUCACUCGAUGGUCAACAGCCGCUACAAGGCAAUCAAGGACAGCCUGCAGGACUCAAGUAGCAGGAUCUUCAGCAUGCCUAGUUUCAAUCUACCCGACUUCCGACAUGAGUGGCACCCGGGACGGUUUCUCGGCGAUUACCAGCGUAAAGAUAAUGUUUUGGGAGAUGGUAGUAGUAGAUUGGAAAACAGCGCUGCGGAAGUUAAUGGCAAUGCUGAUUCCAGUGCUGCAACUUCCACAGCCCACGGUAACUUCAAGUCAAACACCAGACAGAAUUCGAUUUAUCCCGGUUUAGACGAAGUAGCUUCAACGAUGACGGGCGAUGUAGUCGUCAUGGGAGGCUACCGAGGCUCCAUUCUCCGAUCUGCGAAACCGCCACAUCGUCAACUCUGGGUGCCUAUGAAGGUGGGAUUGAAUAUUCGAAAGGUCGAUUUAGAAGUCGGAUUAACGCACGAGGACGAGGAGCGUAUGGAAGAAUCAAUUAUUGCGAAAGAAGUCCUCUCCCACAUUGGUCCGGUCGACAUCUGCCGUCGGUUAUUGCAGAGAUUUCGCAAGUUUGAGAAAUUGCGCAACGGCGCUAUUCGUGUCUGGGACUACGGUUAUGAUUGGCGAUUGAGCCCUCAUUUGCUCUCGAAACGUCUGAUUCAAUACUUGGAGGGUCUGCCAUGUAACGCGCCUGGUGUUUCACCGGAGAAACGAGGUGCCUAUGUCAUUGCCCACAGCUUGGGGGGCUUGAUUACGAGACAUGCUGUCAAUCAGAGACCUGAUCUUUUCGCGGGAGUUGUUUUCGCGGGGACUCCGCAACAUUGCGUGAAUAUUUUGGGCCCCCUUCGCGAUGGAGACGAGGUGCUACUGAGCUCCAAAGUCCUCACUGCCCAAGUUAAUUUUACCAUCCGGACCAGCUACGCCUUGCUGCCAGACGACGGGCGGUGUUUCAUCAAUAAAGACACCAAAGAAGAGUAUCUAGUUGACUUUUUCGAUGUGAAGAACUGGGACGAAUAUGCCUUGUCCCCCUGCAUCAGACCGGCCUUGCCGCCCUCUGGGGGGGAAAAUAAGAAGGGUCUAGGCCUGAUCGAUAACUUACCCAACUCACUCAGCACGCUGCCAAAGAUCGGUCUGGGAAAGAGAAUCUCCGUGAAGCUCAACGGCAGCAAGACAAAGGACCCAUCAUUUUCCUCGCCAGUGUCACCUCAGAAGCCACAAACAGCACGCGAGAAAGAGCAAGCGAGACAUGUCCCCGGGCACAACGACGAAGAGAAGAUAUCAAAGCCAAGCGCACUAGUGACCGGGCAAUUAACAGGCGGUUCGGUGGGGGGCAUUAUUGGGCCGAAUACGGCCAGGACUCAUAACACGACAAACGUCAACAGUCAACUUGCAACAGGCGUAGCAGCCUCUACAAUCCCUCGCGAAGACGCGAUUGCAUACCUCGACCGCACGCUCAAAGAAGUGCGCCAAUUUCGACAGGAACUGGCACAUAACGAGUCACACCAAGACCACAAUCGCUACCCGCCCUUUGCAGUCAUGUAUUCCAAAGCGCUGCCGACGGUGUACGGGGCGCGCGUCGCUUCCCGCGAUGAUAUCAAGAGGAGCGAUGCCUACGACGAUCUGGCCUUUGCUGCUGGAGACGGCGUCUGUCUGGCCUCUGCAGCCAUGCUGCCACCGGGCUAUCGUGUGAUCAAGCAUGGCCUGGUGAAGAGUGAUCGUGGUCAUGUAGGGUUGUUGGGCGAUCUGGAGGGUGCUGGCCAAUGCAUACUGGCUUUGGUGAGAGGCAGAGAAGCUGGUGUUGGGCUUGGGGCGUAUGCGCCGUUGUCAACAGGGGGUGGGAAGAGCGAUUGA